AUGGGGAAGCCGGCGAGGAAGGGGCGCGACUGCAGGCGCUUCCUGAGGAGCAACUGGCUGCUGCUGUGCACCGUGGCCGCGGUGGUGCUCGGGAUUGCCAUCGGAGUCUUGGUUCGAGAAUACAGCAAGCUGUCUAGUCUGGAGAAAUUCUACUUUGCUUUUCCUGGGGAAAUUCUAAUGAGGAUGCUGAAGCUCGUCAUUCUGCCAUUAAUUAUAUCCAGCAUGAUUACAGGUGUUGCCGCCCUGGAUUCCAGCGUAUCUGGGAAAAUUGGUCUACGCGCUGUUGUCUAUUAUUUCUGUACCACGAUAAUUGCUGUGAUUCUAGGCAUCGUGCUGGUGGUGAGCAUCAAGCCUGGCGUGACCCAGAAAGUGGAUGAGAUUGACAGGACAGGAAGCAGCCCUGAAGUCAGUACGGUGGACGCCAUGUUGGAUCUGAUCCGGAAUAUGUUCCCAGAGAACCUUGUCCACGCCUGUUUCCAGCAGUAUAAAACCAAGCGUGAAGAAGUGAGUACCCCCAGUGAGCCCGCGAUGAACGUGACGCAGCCAUCUGUCACAGCCAUCAUGACAGCUGCCAUUUCCAAGAACAAAACGAAGGAAUACAAAAUCGUCGGCACGUAUUCGGAAGGCAUCAAUGUCCUGGGCUUGAUUGUCUUCUGCCUCGUCUUCGGACUUGUCAUUGGGAAAAUGGGCGAAAAAGGACAGAUUCUGGUGGAUUUCUUCAAUGCUCUGAGCGAUGCAACCAUGAAAAUCGUCCAAAUCAUUAUGUGUUACAUGCCGCUUGGCAUCUUGUUCCUGAUUGCCGGCAAGAUCAUAGAAGUGGAAGACUGGGAGAUAUUCCGCAAGCUGGGCCUUUACAUGGCCACCGUCCUGAGCGGGCUGGCGAUCCACUCCAUUGUCAUUCUCCCGCUGAUUUAUUUCAUAGUCGUACGGAAGAACCCUUUCCGGUUCGCCAUGGGAAUGGCCCAGGCUCUUCUGACGGCUCUCAUGAUCUCUUCCAGUUCGGCCACACUGCCUGUCACUUUCCGCUGUGCCGAAGAGAAGAACCGGGUGGACAAGAGGAUCACGAGGUUUGUGCUGCCCGUCGGUGCCACCAUCAACAUGGAAGGGACUGCGCUCUACGAGGCAGUGGCGGCCGUGUUUAUCGCACAGUUGAAUGACCUGGACUUGGGCAUUGGGCAGAUCAUCACUAUCAGCAUCACGGCCACGGCGGCCAGCAUUGGAGCCGCGGGGGUGCCGCAGGCCGGCCUGGUGACCAUGGUGAUCGUGCUGAGUGCCGUGGGCCUGCCCGCCGAGGAUGUCACCCUGAUCAUCGCCGUCGACUGGCUCCUGGAUCGGUUCAGGACCAUGGUGAACGUCCUGGGUGAUGCGUUCGGGACAGGCAUUGUGGAGAAGCUCUCCAAGAAGGAACUGGAGCAGAUGGAUGUUUCAUCUGAAGUCAACAUUGUGAACCCCUUCGCCUUGGAGUCCACAGUCCUGGAUAACGAAGACCCAGACACCAAGAAGUCCUACGUCAACGGAGGCUUUGCGGUAGACAAGUCCGACACCAUCUCAUUCACCCAGACCUCCCAGUUCUAGGACCCCUGGCAUCGUGGGACCUUGAACGCUGAAGGACCGCGUCCUCAGAGGCCUCUCUUAGCAAAUCCAAGCACUAAAUAAGGAAAAGAAACACACUAAUGGCUGAUUGUGCAUUUGAUUUGAUAUAUAGACCUCCAGAUUAUUUUCUAUAUUGGACUCACAGCUUUUGCUCUCCGGGUUCUGGGAUUUUGGAGGUGGGUAACGGGAAAGAAAACAGAUUAAAAGGAAAGCUGCAUUGUCUACAACGUAAUAUGAGAAACAAAGUUUGGAAGUAUGUAGAGUAAUAACUGUUAGAUUAGGUCAUGAAUGUGGAAGAAAACUUGCUUUCUCAUACACAAUCCAGUGUUUUGGGUUUUUUAAAAAAAAGACUCAUUAAUUACAAAUUUUUACUCGAGCUUUCUAUUGGCAUGGAUUUCCUUUGACUUCUCACAUUUUUAUAGAUUAUAAUGCCUAUAAAUACUACCACCGCUGCACCCCCCAUUUAAUGUGCCAAAUUGUCCAUUUUUAACUCAUCUCCUGCCAAUUUCAAAGAAACUGCUUUGAAAGAAAACAGACCAGCACAGUUCCGCAAUAACAGUUUCCAGAUGGGUGAGGGGUCUUGUAGGAAGCGAGAAGGGUCCUUUUUUCAAGGUACUGUAUUUGAACACUGAACUAUAACCCCAGUGCUGAGUAUAGAGCUAGAUAUAUAUAUAUGUAUAUAUUUAUUAUUUUCAUAUAAGUUGCCAGACAGAGAUCAGAAUCAAACUGUCAAUGUGAAAUAAAGAGCUCUCCUUGUACUUGAAUAAUAACUGCGAUUCCAAUCCACAUCUGCUUUGGGGCUUAUCGGAACUCCUCUCUCAGAAGCAUGAGAAUGAAAAAUCAUCUUGUCCGUUCCACGUCUGCGUAUCAGCCUCAAAGCAGACAUGUAUUAUGGGGAUACUCUGGUGCCCAUUCAUCUUCAGCUCCCAGGCUUCACGGCCGGGAGGGAAUCCGUAUCAACUCUGUACGAGAUUGUAUCCAAACGUGUCACUCACGUAAGGCUGGAUGUGUUUUUAAUCCAACUGGAAGGCUUCGUUCUUCCAAGGUCAAUUAUACCCACUCAAAAAAUGACGGUACUUUGCCAUUUCGUACCCAUCAGGACCCAAACCACAGUGGCAAACUGCCAGCCACGUUGUACUUUUAAUAUGGGUUUGAUGGAUCUAACAAGUCACAUUGGCCAGAAGAGCACAGUCCCUACCCUGGAUUCUCGCAGAGUAAGUCCAUGAGUUGGUACACACAACACGAGACAUUGGUAUUCGUGGUUCAGGGAGGUUCUUCCAUUGUGUGAAACUUGUCUCCUCCUGCAGGGAGGACUGUCCUAACUAGCAAUCUAGUCACCUCGGCCCUGCUUAUUAAACUCUAUGUCCUGUCAUUCUUCUUCUGAUGUAUGAAGAUGGCCUCUUAAAAAGUCUACGCUUCGCCUCUCAUCUUGUAAAUAACGCUUAACAGAAAAAAACUUGUAUUUACACUGAGAUCCCAAAUAAUCCUGUUUCUGCAGAAUUGAGUAGUCAGUUUAAGCCUGUGCUUUUCUGUUGAAGAAACCAGAAAAUGUGCCAAAGAUCGUGGACAAGUAAAUAAAUGCUCGAUGUUGACCGCCUGUCCCCGAAACAUACAAGAGAAUGAACCUGGGCUGUCAUGUAAACAUCACAAAUAGGGACUGGUGAUUCCAUGUGUGUUUUAAGUUGCAAAUACUGUGGUGUUCACUGGAGGUAAACCUAACUAUCAACGCAACUAUAUUCAUAAUUUAUCUCGGGUCUGAAAGGUCCUACCCCUCCCCCCCCACCCCCACCCCUGGCUCUGAUUGGAGGCGCUGGAGUUGGCAGAGCUGUUGGCGAACUGCAGGUCAUCCUAAUUUUGGAGUGAGUUUGUAACCAGCCUCUUAACACACUGUGCUGUUAACUCAUAAAAAAACAAUGUUCCAUUUCAGUCUCAAUAAAUACUUCCAUCAUUCUUUCUUC